UGCUGUGCUGACGCAGGAUUUUCGGCCGCGUCGCACAGUCACAUAGCGUCGCCCCUCAGUUGUCCCAUAGCUCGCGCCACCGACCCACGUUUUGUAGUUAGUGAAUAUAAAUAAUAUAUUUUUGUGUAAUUUAGAAGAAAUAUAAAAUUUAAUUGGCCGCUAUCUUUAAUUUCAUCUCCCUACACACAGCUACACUAAAUUGGUGACCCCGACGUGAUCUUGACCGGCGUGAUAUAUCGACGUGAGUGUGUAGUAGGGAGAAUAAAUAUUCAAAAUUAAUAUAUAAAUAUAUAUACGGACAACUCAAGAAGAAACUACAGGGCGGUGGCAGCGGUAAAAUUUAAAUAACUAAAUAAAAUUUAAUAACACAUAAAAGUACAUAUAAAAAUUAAAUAUCACCAUGGAACCGGUUAAAGAAGAAUUUGCAAGUUUAUCGUCAAUCUCCAUUACGUCCCGCAUCCCAGAUUUUUGGAAGAAAUCGCCGAAAAUAUGGUUUAUACAAACGGAAGCAGUUUUAUCGCCACAGAAAAUGUCAGAUGAGGCGAAAUAUCAAAUAGUAAUUUCUAAAUUAACGCCAGAUGUCAUCGAGCAAGUCACGGACAUUUUAAUUAGCCCGCCGGAGACAGGAAAAUAUGAAAAAUUAAAAAGAAGAUUAUUACAAAUUUUUGAAGAAUCGGAAGAUCGACAAAUAAAAAAAUUAAUUGGCGAAAUGGAAUUGGGUGAUCAAAAACCGUCACAAUUAAUGAGGAAAAUGCAAGAUUUGGCGCGUGGACGAGUAACAACAGAAACACUUCUAGUUUUAUGGCAAAAUUUAUUACCGCCGGCAAUAAGAGCUGUGUUAGCCGUAUCCGAGAGUAAAAGUGAAGAUAUUUUAGCAUCAAUAGCAGAUAAAGUUAUGGAGAGCAUGACACCCUUAAACUUGGUAUCAGCAGUUCAACAGUCCAGUUUAAGCAACAGUCCAGAAAAUAAUUUGAUUGGUGAGAUAGAAAAAUUAAAUAAUCGACUGAGAAGAUUGGAAACAAGAAAUAAUACAUCAAAUGUUAGAACGAGGUCACGAUCCAGGUCAAGAGGUAGAUUUCAACGUAAUCAAAGGCAUAAUCCCAAUUGGCUUUGUAAAUACCAUUACAAAUUUAAAAACAAAGCGACGAAAUGUGUGAAGCCGUGCAACUGGAAACCUAGUCAGCGUGAGAAACCAGCGGAAAACUAGCAUCGGUGCAGCCAGCGACGGGUGCCUGCGACCGAGUCUACAGAAAUAACCGUCUCAGUGUUUUGGACAGAAAUUCAGGACUAAACUUUUUAGUAGAUAGUGGUGCAAAUGUGUCCGUCAUCCCGCGUAGUGUGGUGUAUGGUAAGGUUUAUGCAGAAGGUAAUAAAUAUAAAUUAUUUGCUGCUAAUGGAACGGAAAUUAAAACAUAUGGUAUUCAUUUUUUGUCUCUAGAUUUGGGUCUGAGACGACCGUUCCGUUGGAUUUUUAUAUUAGCGGAUGUAAAGCAACCAAUUAUUGGUGCGGAUUUCUUAGCUAAUCAUAAAUUAUUAAUUGAUUUAAACGGACGUAGAUUGAUUGAUCAAGUAACUAAUUUGAGUACUAAGGGAAAUAUCUCAAAUUCUACUGUGCCCACUUUAAAAACAAUUAUGGAAUGUCCAUAUUCCGAUUUAUUGAAUAAAUUCCCUGAUUUAACUAAACCUAUUUCUUACAAAGAGACGCCAAAACACGAUGUUUGUCACUAUAUCGAGACGACAGGACCGCCGGUGCAUGCGAGAGCGAGGCAGCUUCCUCCUGACAGGUACGUAAAGGCUAAAAAUGAAUUUAUUGUUAUGCAAGAGUUAGGGAUUUGUAGACCGAGUAGUAGUCCUUGGGCAAGUCCACUACAUAUAGUUCCCAAAAAAGAUGGUAAUAUUAGGCCUUGCGGUGAUUAUAGACGUUUAAAUGCAAUUACGAAACCAGAUCGUUAUCCAGUACCACGUUUACAUGAUUUUACAUAUAUUUUGGGUAAUAAGAAAAUUUUCUCUAAAUUAGAUAUUAAUAGAGCCUAUAAUUCUGUGCCUGUUGCAGAAAAUGACAUAAAAAAGACAGCAGUUAUUA